AUGCUACCGCCUCCCACCCUGAGCUUUACCAUCCCCUCGAUCCACGACAACUUGGUCCUGCAAUGUCGCGUCUAUCAUCCUGCGUGUCUUGCCCCUACAACCGUCACACAGGCUGCAGAAUGGAGGAAACGAUCUGCUAUAGUUGCACAUCCGUACGCUCCGUUAGGUGGUUGCUACGAUGACCCGGUUGUUGACAAGAUCGCGUCGACCAUACUCAAGGAGGGUUUUGUUGUAGGGACUUUUAACUUUCGAGGAGCUGGUACUUCGAAAGGACGAACAUCGUGGCGGUCGAAAGCCGAACAGGACGACUAUAUAUCUUUUCUCGGUUUUCUCCUCUUCUAUUUGCACCACCUUCGCCCUCCAAGCAUACCAGAACAAAAUGAACACUCGAACUUUAAUCACUCUGACCCUGAACUUCACGACUUGAGUCCCAUCCCCUCGCAGAGCGUCCCGGCCUCUGAGUUCCCCACCCCGACUUCAGGCCCCCAAAAUCCAAAUACAAAACCGGUUCUGCUUCUUUCCGGUUACUCCUACGGCGCUUUAAUAACUACAUUGCUCCCACCAAUAAUAAGCUCUGUCAUCGCCCCAUUCCAAGCUCCCAUUCGGGGUUCCCCACACGCUGAAAUCCGCAUGCGAGCCCGCUUCUUGGCUGACCAACAAAAUGAACUCAUGAAUGAGCGCUUCUCGUCACUUCUCCUGAGGUCUCCCCUCAGCGGCCGAAGCACCCAACUUCGAGACCACACUCUCACCAAUUCCAAAAUUCGCCAAACAGAUGGAGGAGUUCGGAUUGGCGGUGAAGAAGAUCUACGCAGAUCCAGUCACGAGAGUCCUGGGUCGAGAAGCUCGUUCACGCUCGACUCGCCGGUGAGGAAGAGUGUGGAGAAAGUCAGAUCGAUUGCGAAGUCUGGGAGGCUUGCUUCGAGAGGGAAGGGUAGUCAUGAAUCGGACGCAUCGUCACAUAGAACGAAGGGAAGUGUACCAGAAAUUUCGCCUGAACAUGAUUCAGCAGAUGAUCGAGAAACUAUAAAAGCGAUACCAGAUAUAGCGGAAGGCUUGCAAAUUGCUUAUCUCCUCGUUUCACCACUACAAGGUUGGGCGAACACCUUAGCCACCCUGUCCUUAUGGGGCUCCAAACCCGCGAGGGCUACGAAGCGUGCAAAUGACGGGGGAAUAAUGAUUCCUGAACAUGAUAUGAAACUCACAAUUGAUCCAACAUUGGCACUCUUCGGCGACGACGAUAUAUUUGUUAGUGUCAAUAAGUUACGAGCCUGGGCGGAAAGAUUGCACGAUGAGUGCAAGGGGAGAGGCCAGGGCCAAUUCAGGCACAAGGAGGUUCCUCGUGCGGGACAUUUUUGGCAUGAUCGCGAGGCUGUGAAGGUUUUGCGGGAAGAGGUCAGACUGUUUGCUUCAUCUCUAUGA